CUCCCAGGGAUGCUUCCAGAGUUCUCCAUGUGUUUCCAAGAAGAGCGAAAAGUGUACACUUCUCUGGUGUAGCCCUGCAGCCCACCACUUACUUCCAAGACAUGCUUUCGAACACACCUUCAAUGUUGUUGUCAUUCGAAGACGUGGCUGUGGACUUCACCCAGGAAGAAUGGCUUCACAUGAACAAUGCUCAGAAAACUCUGUACAAGGAUGUGAUGCUUGAAACCUAUGGCAAUCUGCUGUCCUUGGGGUUCUACAUUGCAAAGCCUGAUGUGAUCUUCAAGUUGGAGCAAGAAUCAGUGCAUUGGACAUUGGAAAACUCUGUAAACCAGGGACUUCCAGAGUCCUACAAAAAGAAUGAGCUGCUUGAAGCUAAUCAGGAAAGUCAAGAAGGAAUCUUAAGGAAUCCUGAUGCAAUGACAUUUGGAAAAAAGCAUGCCUCUAAUGUACCUGAGAGUGGGAAAACUUUUCAUCAGAAGUCAUACCUAAUCAAACAUCACAAAAUCCACACAUGGGAAAAACCUUAUGGAUGUAGUGACUGUGAAAAAGCCUUUUGCCACAAGUUAGCUCUCAUUACACAUCAGAGAAUCCACACAGGGGGAAAAGCGUAUGAAUUUAGUGAGUGUCCAAAGGCCUUUUGCCAGCAGUCAUCUCUCAUUAAACAUCGCAGAAUCCACACAGGGCAAAAUCUUCAUGAAUGUAGUCAGUGUAAGAAAGUUUUUUGCCAGAAAUCACACCUGAUCACACAUCAGAGAAUCCACACAGGAGAAAAACCUUAUGAAUGCAGUGAGUGUCCAAAAGCCUUUUCUGACCAAUCAUCUCUCAUUAGACAUCAGAGAAUUCACACAGGGGAAGAUCUUUAUGAAUGUAGUGACUGUGGGAAAGGUUUUAGCCGGAAAUCAUAUCUAAUCCUACAUCAGAGAGUCCACACAGGAAAAAAACCUUAUGAAUGUAAAGAGUGUGGGAAAGCCUUUUGCCACAAGUCAGCCCUCAUAAUACAUCAGAGAAUCCACACAGGGGAAAAGCCUUAUCAAUGUAGUGAGUGUGGGAAAGCAUUUUGUCAGAAGUCAUACCUAAUUAGACAUCGCAAAAUCCACACAGGGGAAAAACCUUAUCAGUGUCCUCAGUGUGGAAAAGCCUUUUUCAUGCCAUCAGAUCUCAUUAUACAUCAGAGAAUCCACACAGGGGAAAGGCCUUAUAAAUGUAGUGAGUGUCCAAAAGCCUUUUGCCAGCAGUCAUCUCUCAUUAAACAUCGCAGAAUCCACACAGGGCAAAAUCUUCAUGAAUGUAGUCAGUGUAAGAAAGUUUUUUGCCAGAAAUCACACCUGAUUACACAUCAGAGAAUCCACACAGGAGAAAAACCUUAUGAAUGCAGUGAGUGUCCAAAAGCCUUUUCUGACCAAUCAUCUCUCAAUAGACAUCAGAGAAUUCACACAGGGGAAGAUCUUUAUGAAUGUAGUGACUGUGGGAAAGGUUUUAGCUGGAAAUCGUAUCUAAUCCUACAUCAGAGAGUCCACACAGGGGAAAAACCUUAUGAAUGUAAAGAGUGUGGGAAAGCCUUUUGCCACAAGUCAGCUCUCAUAAUACAUCAGAGAAUCCACACAGGGGAAAAGCCUUAUCAAUGUAGUGAGUGUGGGAAAGCAUUUUGUCAGAAGUCAUACCUAAUUAGACAUCGCAAAAUCCACACAGGGGAAAAACCUUAUCAGUGUCCUCAGUGUGGAAAAGCCUUUUACAUGCCAUCAGAUCUCAUUAUGCAUCAGAGAAUCCACACAGGGGAAAGGCCUUAUAAAUGUAGUGAGUGUCCAAAAGCCUUUUGUGGUCGCUCAUCUCUCCUUAAACAUCAGAGAAUCCAUACAGGGGAAAAUCUUCAUGAAUGUAGUGAGUGUGGGAAAGCUUUUCACCGAAAAUCAUAUUUAAUCACACAUCAGAGAAUCCACACAGGGGAAAAACCUUAUGAAUGUAGUGAGUGUGGGAAAGCUUUUUCCCAGAAAUCACGCCUAAUCACACAUCAGGGAAUCCACACAGGGCAAAAUCCUUGUGAAUGUAUUGUGUGUGGGAAAGUUUUUUUCUGUAAAUCAAACCUAAACAUGCAUCAGAGAAUCCACACCGGGGAAAAACCGUAUGAAUGUAGUGAAUGUAAGAAAUCCUUUUCUUAUAAGUCAGUUCUCAUUUCACAUCAGAGAAUUCACACAGGGGAAAAGCCUUAUGAAUGUAAAGAUUGUGGGAAAGCUUUUUGUCGGAAGUCAAAGCUGAGCAAACAUGAGAAAAUCCACACACGGGAAAAACCUUAUGAAUGUAGUCAGUGUGGAAAAGCCUUUUGCACACAGUCAGCUCUCAUUACACAUCAGACAAUUCAUGCAGGGGAAAAACCUUAUGAAUGUAGGCAGUGUGGAAAAGCUUUUGCUCAGAAGUCAUACCUAAACAAACCUCAGAAGAUCCACACAAGAGAAAAACCUUAUAUGUGCAACUAUUGUGGGAAAGCCUUUUGGCAGCAGUCAUCUCUUGUUAGACAUCAGAAUAUCCACACAAGGGAAUAAUUUUGGGAAUGUAGUAAAUGUGGUAAAGCAUUUUACUGGAAAUCACACAAACCUUACAAAUGUGUUGAAUGUUGAAAAGCCUUUGAUUAGACACCAGAGAAUUCAGACAUGAAAACAUAAAUGUGGUGAGUCUGGGAAAACCAUUUACCAGCACUUACCUUUCUUUAGACAUAAGUCACAUCUAAUCACCUCAUAAAAUUCACACAACAGAGUAACCUUUUUAAUAUGAGCAGUAUUGAAAAACCUUUUGCAGAUGUACAGCUCUUAUUUACACAUCAGCAAAAUUAUGAGUAGUAUCAUUUUAUUUCAGUAUACAGGCUUCAUGGUGCUGUAAGAUAUUUCACAUGCAAUCUGUACUUGUUGUCCCUUUGAUAUGAGUGAAAAAUGUGAAUAAGUUCUGCUUUCAUAUUUUAAAAUGUUAUCGAAUAAUCACUGUAUAACACUUGAUUGAAGUACCAUCUUUUUAAUUUGCACUGAUCUGUUAUAGCUUUUUUACAAUCUCUCAUCCUACAUCCUGUUACAGACUAGUAUUGGAAUCACAACUAUUAUUUGAGGCAUGUGACAACUGUAAUGCUAAAUACUCAGGUUUGAAAAAUGUAUCUUUCGUCAGAGUGGAGAUUUUCUUGUGAUGUCUUUGAAAAUGUGAAUCAGUUUUGGCCACUUUCUCUGCUGCUAUACUCUUGCAGGUAUAUCUCAGGCACAUAAAUUUGUCUGGUAUCACAUUCUUGGGAUGUGGUGAUGGCUAAUGGAGUUUGUGUGUCAGCUGCCAGAACUGCUGCUCAGAUUCACACUGAUUUCAUGUGUCAUGGCUUCACAAGCAGGUUUUUUGCCACCAGAUGAAUCAUUUUGCUCAUAUGAGCUUUGGUCUUAAGUCUUUCAACCCUAACAAUGAGCUAGUGUUGUAGCAUUGUAGAGUAAGAUUGUAUCUGAGGUGCUGGCCUCCCAGAUAAAUACCACUAGUUCGUAUCCUUGCUUGAACUUCUAGUUCCUGGAUUCUGACUUCAUAUCAGCUCAGUUGUUG